AUGCUGCCUGCGGCCUUUGUGGUGGCUGUGGUCGCUGUGGUUGCUGUGGCGGUAGCUCUGGUGGUUGUGGUGGUGGUGGUUGUGGUGGUGGCGGCCCGGCCCAGCCCGGCCCGGCCCGGCCCGCCCCGGCCCCGCUCCUCUCCCCGCCGGACCCUCGCACCGACGCGGCGGCGACUGACGCCCGCCCGCUCCGCCGGAACACAAAGACGCGCGCCGCCGACGGCAGCCGCCACGCCACGCCCCCUCCCCCCCUUCACCACGCCCACCACCAACACGACUCCCCCACGACACGACACGCCCCCCCGCGGGAUGCACCCACCCACCCCCCGCCACGCCGCGCCCACCCACCCCCCCUGGACACUCCCACUACCCCCCGGAACGCGCCCCCCCUUUCCCCCCCCAUUCCACGACCCCCCGCGGGAAGCGCCCACCCCCCGCCACGCCACGCCCACCCCCCCCUGGACACGCCUAUCAUGCCGCGGAACCGCGCCACGCCCCCCCGCAGGAUUCGCCCGCGACCACGCCGCGCCCCCCCUGCGGGAUGCACCCACGCCGAGCCCACCUCUGAACACGCCCACUACCCCGCGGGUCGCGCCCACCCCCCGACACCCCACCGCGGGAUGCACCCAUCCACGCCACGCCCAAUCCCCUACGCCACGCCCCCCCUGCAGUUUUCGCCCACCCCUGGACUCGCCCACCACGCCGUGGGAAGCGCCCACCCCCAACUCCACGUCACGCCCCCCCCCGUGGGAUACUCACGCCACGCCCACCGCUGGACACUCCUAUCAUGCCGCGGAACACGCCCAUCCCUCCAUUCCACGCCACGCCCCCCACGGGGCUCGUCCACUCGCACCCCACGCUCUCCUGCGGGAUGCACCCACCCCUGACACACCGCGCCCACACUCUGGACACGCCCAUCACCCCGCGGGAUGCGCCCACCCCCCCACUCCACGCCAGCCCCCCCCUGCGGGACUCGUCCACCACCCCUUGGACACGCCCACUACCCCGCGGGACGCGCCCACAACCCCUUCACGCCACGCCCCCCCCGCGGGAUACUCCUGCCGCACCACGCACACCCACUCCCUGGUCACGCCUAUUAACCCGAUUUGCCCGCCCCCCCCACUCCACGCCCACCCCCUGGACACGCCCAUCAAUCAGGGGGGGUUCGCCCACCCUCCCACUCCACUCCACGCCCCACUGCGGGAUUCACCCACCCCUCGCCAAGCCGCGCCCACCCCCGGACACGCCUAUCAUGCCGUGGAACACGCCCACCCCUCAAUCCACGCCACGCCCCCGUGGGAUACACUCACCCCCCGCCAGGCCCAUCCCCUUGACACGCCCAUUACUCAACGGGAUUCACUAAUCCCUCCACUCCAUGCCACGCCCCCCGAGGGAUUAUCCAACUCCCACGCCACGCCCCCACGCGGGAUAUGCCCGCCACGCCCACCCCUGGACACGCCCAUCACCCCGCGGGAUUCACCCAUCCCUCUACUCCACGCCACACCCCCCGGGGGAUGCUGUCGCCACGCCACGCCCAUACCCUAG